CAAUAAAAAUGGUGAGGAUCACGGGGAACAGGUAGUCAGAGAUUGUUUGCGAUUUGCCGCUCGCGUUCAUUCUGACGAGGUGCAUCAUGGCCGCUGCUAUUCGGCUCGCAUGCUUGCUUUUCGCGUUCGUUCUGCUGGACACGAGUUUCGCGCUUCCCGCUGAGGUUCAAACUAAUGGCAAUAAAUAUGAAGGAGAACCGGUUAGCAUCAAUAAACUUUUCGAUGACUCAUUACCCUUCUUACGUGACCUCAUUCUGAAAAAAGGAUUGGAUCCCCUGAGCAUGAAGGAACUCUACAAGCCUCUGGACGCACCAAUCAGCGAAGGUGGGUACAUCCAUCUGACCAAAGGCUGGAUGCAAGGGAUGUCCUCUCUAAAACGCAGCGGCGACGUCAACAUAUCUUACAAAGAUAAAGUACUGCGCGUGGACAUGGAUCUAGGAUUUGACGUUCUUGACAUCGCCUACAAUUACGAUGUGAAGUAUUCCUUAGUCAAGCGAAACGGAGGUUUCGAUGCGCGUUUUAACGACGUACGCAUGCGUGUCAUACUGCAGGUGGAUCUCAAGAGUUAUCGAGUUAUUCUCGAUUCGAUCAAGGUCAACAGUGUGGGAAAAAUCGCCAUAGCCCUCGAAGGUCACGCAAUUGAUAAAGUAUUGAAUCUCGCGCUCAAAGCCAUCGUCGGUAUAUUUAAAAAGACCGUGAUACAAACGGUGGAGGACCGCAGUUACGACGUUUUCCGAGAAUUCCUGGAGGUAAUCAACUCGAAGAUUCCGAGGCCUGACCCUAAAGUAACGUACGAGUACGACAGUCUACUUGAAAACGUGCCGGUCGUCUUCGAGUAUUAUCAGAUUUAGCUCCGAAUGUACAUUUCUCUUCCCGUUAAUGUAAACAUUGAAUCAAUAAAGUAACGUUCGCCAAUCCGGA